GGGGAGAAGCGCGGCGUGUGACGCAUGCGCCGGAGGAGGCGCAGUUCGUACGAGAGCGUCCGGUGAGGCGUGCGCAUGCGCAAUUGAACAGAGGUGGCCGUUUUAGUGCGUGGCGCAGAGCGUGUAGUCACGGUGGUUCGGGGGCCGACGGCGGUUUGCAUGGAGCGGGAGCUGCAGGAGGAGGAGGAUGAUGACUUCGCGCUGGCGCUGCAGCUCCAGGAGCUGUGGGAGGCGGAGGGGGAGGCGGCGGCGGCGGCGCGUGUAGAGGCCCUGCCGGGCCCCGCGUCCCUCAGCCCGCUGUCGGUGGUGGAUGAAGCCUGGGAGCUGCUGGACCCCAGCCCCGACGUGCGCGGCCUCUUCGUGCAGUUCAACGAGGCGCUCUUCUGGGGGCGGCUGGCGGCCGUGGAGGUGUCCUGGAGCCCGCGCAUGACCCUCUGUGCCGGAGUUUGUAAAUACGAAGGGAACGGCGGGAUGUGUUCUAUUCGUCUGAGCGAGCCACUCCUGAAGUUAAGGCCGAGGAAGGAUCUGGUUGAGACACUGUUGCAUGAAAUGAUCCAUGCCCUGCUUUUUGUUACUAACAACGACAGAGAUCGUGACUCUCACGGGCCAGAGUUCUGCAAACACAUGCGUCGCAUUAAUCGUUUGACUGGAGCCAAUGUCACAAUCUAUCAUAAUUUUCAUGAUGAAGUAGAUUCGUACCGCCAGCACUGGUGGCGAUGCAAUGGCCCCUGUCAGUAUAGAAGACCUUAUUUUGGGUAUGUGAAACGUUCAAUGAAUAGAGCACCCUCUGCACGAGACUUUUGGUGGGCUGAGCAUCAAGAGAAUUGUGGAGGUACAUUCACAAAAGUGAAAGAACCUGAGAACUUCUCUAAAAAACCCAAGGAGAAAACCGACACAGAAAAACUUCGGAAUUGCAAGUCAAGUAAGAAAGGCCAGGUGCGUGUGGGUGAUAAGAAAGAUAAGAUAGAUCCAAAGCCUUUUAGUGGGAAUGGGUAUCGAUUUGGAGGAGCAGACAGUGGACUCUCAGAAAAAAGCUUAACGUUCAGCAGCAAUGUUAAAAAUAGUGAAAGAUUUGAUUCACAGCAUCGUUCAGCAGGAAGCACAAUACCAAUUCCUAAAAACGAGAUAAAAUUUGAAAAAUCACCCCGUCACAAUACCUUCUUUCCUCUCUUUACUGAUGAUGCGAGUGAGAAAAUGAACUUAGCUUCAAAGCGGGAGUUCCCUAAACUCUCUGUUGCUAAUACAAAAGCGUACAAGAAUGUUAAUGGAUCACCUGUUAAAGUUGCUCAUGUUGUGGAAGAAAACUCAAACCAAGGUUCUGCAAAAGGCAAGAGGGUUUUGCCACCAUGCUAUCACGGGUCACCAAAACAAGCUUGUUUUCAGCAGACUGCAACAGCUCAGACUCUAUCUGAGAAGAAAAGUUUGGAAAAUACAGUGCAGCAGUGGCCAAGAAAGGAGGACAAAAUUACCUUUGAAAACUAUUUCAUAAAAAAGAAUACCGGUGCAGCUUUAAGUAUAAAUACAUCUCUGAAAACUGAAGCUGAAUCUGCAGUGUGCUCUCCAAGAUCCAGCACUGCUGAAAGGCAGGAAGAAAAUGUCAGUUGUCCUGUAUGCCAGACUGAGGUUUUGGAGUCUAAAAUAAAUGAGCACCUCGAUUCUUGCCUUGUUUGAUCACAGGAAUCUUCCUUCUGGAGUGCUGUCUUGAAGGGAAAAGAAUAAUAAAGCUGCAUGCUUAUAAGGCAGUUUUUAAAAUUGAGAUGUUUAAAAUCCUGCUAAUUUAUCUUUGUUCCUUGGACUAUAAUGUGUUGGUUUUAAUGUAUUUUUGGCUGUUCUUAAAGUUAACCACCCAUAAGAGAAAAGAAUUACUCUCCUUAUUGCACUGGAGUUAAACAGUAGGUAUCUUUAGAACAGCAAGUAUUUUGUUUAAGCCAUCAUUACACAUUCAGAUGGUCCUUAUCUCCUGUAACUUUGAGAACACGAAUAAGAAUCUCAAGGGCUUCCAUUGAAGGUGGGAGAAGCAUAGGUACCACAAACAUAGCAAACAAUCCAUUUUAAGCUUAACAUGGGAUUGUGGAACAGGAAAAGAGAAACUCCAGAAGUUCAGUAAAGAUGCUAAGAAAUCAAAGCAUGUUUGGAAGAUGAGAGGGCUCUAAGAUUAAGUGCUCAAUUUAAAAAGAAUUGAAGUAAGCUUUGUUUUCAAAAGGAUUUGAAAGUUAGCCAUGCUGUUAAAAGGGUGAGCAAAUGCAGGCUAAUGAUUCUCAAUACUCUAUGUGCCUUUUGGCCAGGGGUCCCAGCCAGGUCUUCCAGCCACUUUUCUUUGAUGUUUUGCACAAACUCAGUGAGAGUUCACUAUUUUUAAUGAUGCAGUUGUUAAGUGUGUGAGUAACUACUCCGCAUUAUGUUGAUAAGUAAAAGUUAUGAGCAGUGUUGGUAGCAGUGCUGCUAAAAACUCUUAUUGGCCAUGUCCUAAAAGCUUCCUCUUACUCCACUGAAAGUAUUUAACUGAUUAAACAAUUAAUGGCUUGAUUACUUAGGUAUAAAACUGGUUAUAAAUAUUUUUGCUAAAAGAAGAAGUAUGCUUUCUCAUAUGACACUACUACAACAACUUUAAAUGGCUAUAUUAGCUGUAGAUGCAUGUAUUUUUGCCUUUAAAUUAUUUAUAGUUCUUUUCUAAGACUAGGAAAUAAACUGAUGUGGAGUAGAAGUUGGUAAAUGACACAUUUGCUCGUUUAAAAUACUGGUGUAUUUUAAAAUGUUGACACUAAGGAUGUUUAAAGUGGAUCAGAUUGUUCUUAAAUGUUCUAAAUAAAUUGGUUCUGAAUUCUG